AUGCCACCAUCGUCCAGCGCCGAGUUCGAGAUGGACGACCUUUCUCCUCGCCGGAACACCGCCCCAGACGGCCGCACUAAUCCUUCACUGGAGUCACACCCAACCAGCCCCCAGGAUGACGGAGUUGUGGCCGCAUGGGCAUGGGUAUCUGCUGCCAUAAUGCUCGUGGUGGCUUUCCCUCUUAUGUUCGCACCCAAGCUUCUUCUCUUUCUUUCUGAGACAGACGCAGAGAGGAGGGCCACGCUCACGCCACUCGAAUCCUUCUUGUCAUGGAACACGGGGCUCGUUUUGAGCGCGCUCUCUCUGUCUCUUGUCAUGAACAUUCCCUCGAACCCCGACGAUCUAACCGCACGUCGGAGCACGCCGGGGCAUCCUCUUCUUGAGCCCGUCUCGGCGGUAUGUGUCCUCAUAUCGUUCCUCGCCUACAAUACCGCGUCAGUCGGUUCUCUUGGUUUUCUUCUUUGUCUGGGCUCGGGCAUCGUUGGCUUAUGGGGUCUCUGGACGAUCAUGUUCGCGGGCUCCUCACGCAUCUCACGCACGACUGGUGCAGACAAGCGCACGUCGGCGUUCAUCUUCGGGAACAAGGCGGCCGCGUCGGUGCAAAAGAAACAGUGGAAGAGAGAGAAUGGGCGAUGA